AUGCUGCCUUGGGGUGGAUUAAGUUGUUGUUUGAGUGCAGCUGCUCUUUACCUUCUUGGCAGGAGCAGUGGCAGGGAUGCGGAUAUUCUUAAAUCGGCCACUCGGAUUAAUCAGUUGAAGGAAUUGGCAAAAUUGUUGGAUUCCGAGUGCAUAUUACCAUUGGUGGUUGCAAUUUCGGGGAGAGUUAGCUCUGAAACCCCCAUCACCUGUGAGUUCACUGGUUUACGAGGUGUAGUUGUGGAGGAAACGGCAGAACAACAUUUUUUGAAACACAAUGAUGCUGGUUCAUGGAUACAGGAUUCUGCUUUGAUGCUUUCAAUGAGUAAAGAAGUCCCCUGGUACUUGGAUGAUGGAACUGGUCGUGUGCAUGUGGUGGGAGCUCGAGGUGCCACAGGCUUUGUAUUGCCGGUCGCAAGUGAGGUAUUUGAAGAGUCAGGGCGGUCCCUCGUACGUGGGACAUUAGAUUAUCUUCAGGGCCUCAAGAUGCUUGGUGUCAAACGAAUUGAGAGAGUACUUCCAACAGGCACGUCUUUGAGUGUUGUUGGUGAGGCUGUCAAAGAUGACAUUGGUACCAUCCGGAUUCAACGACCUCACAAAGGGCCAUUUUAUGUCUCUCCCAAAACCAUUGAUCAGCUUAUUGCAAACCUUGGGAAAUGGGCAAGGUGGUACAAAUACGCAUCUUUGGGUUUGACCGUGUUUGGUGUUUAUUUGGUUGCUAAGCAUUCUGUCCAAUACAUCUUGGAAAGAAGGCGCCGUUGGGAAUUGCAGAGAAGGGUUCUUGCUGCAGCUGCUAAAAGAUCUGGGGAAGAUAAUGAAGGUUCGAAUGAAAAAGAUGAUAAUGUGUCAGAUGGGAGCAAGAGGCUGAUGCCAGAUUUAUGUGUGAUAUGCCUUGAGCAUGAGUAUAAUGCGGUUUUUGUGCCGUGUGGUCAUAUGUGCUGUUGUACAACAUGCUCCUUGCACCUGACCAGUUGUCCUCUCUGCCGACGAAGAAUUGAUCAGGCAGUGAAGACUUUCCGCCAUUAG